AUGCGACUCUCGGUGCUGCUCUUAUGGACUCUGCAGUCAACUGCGACGGCCAUGGACACAGCAGCUACGAGUUGCACGACCAAUCAGGACUGUAACAAUGGCGAGACGUGCGUGGCGGGCGACUCGGCGACGCCCGUCCAGUCGUGCGUGGCUGGUACCGUGUGUGGCGGGUUGACGUCUGGAAACUGUCCCGGGAGUGCAGCGAGUGGUCCUUUGGCCUGUAUGUUGCGCGACGGUAUUUACAAGUGCUUGUCAAUCGAAAGAUGUGACGAGUAUUUUGGAGGCUCGUUAUGCAGUGCUGGCUGCAACGUGAAUGGCGUGCAGUGCAAUGGACAGGGAUCGUGCAGUUUAUUGUCGGCGACUUUGGAUGCGACGCCGCGUUUUGGCUGCACGUGUCUUGAUGGCUACAGCGGUGACAAGUGCGAGUCUGGAUCAAGUGCAGGCUCAAGUGCCACGUCUGGCUCGUCUUCGAAGACUUCAAGCAGCACCUCCAGCUCGUCAGGCUCUUUGUCUCAGGAUUCGAGUCGCUAUGUAAGCGCGUCAGGCUCUAUAGCUAAGGAAUCGAGCAGCUCCGUCAGCGCGUCAGGCUCAAUAGCUGAAGAGUCGAGCAGCUCUGCCAGUGCGUCCCGCUCUUUUUCUACGGAUGCGAGCAGCUCUGUCAGCGCGUCGGGCUCUUAUUCGAAGGAUUCUAGCUCGUCCAUUAGUUCCUCGGCUAGUGCAUCGUCAAGUUCUUCAAGCGCUAGCAGUUUGUCGAGCUCGAUAUCGGAUUCGAUGAGUGGCGAAUCAUCUGCCAGUUUUUCAUCGUCUGCAAACGGCUCACUGAAGGGUUCUUCGUCGUCAGCAACUGCUGUAUUGGCUGAAGACACUAGCGACAAUGAGAACGCGAUACCACAGACCACGGACAACGAAUCGAGUGGCAUCAGCUCAGCGGUGUUUAUUAUUAUCGGCAUACUUGCGGCCUGUGUUAUCGUCGGAGCGCUCAUGUUCGCCCUGUUAUCACGAAAGAAGAAGCGGGAACUGGAAGCAGAGGCCGGUGGCUUCGGAGGACCUGCGGCAAACAAUGCAACACCAGCGUCUUUAAGCAGCUCAGGGACCGAUACGCCAAAGAGCAACAUCGUCACCAUGUAG